AUGAGAGGUGUAGACUUCUGUGUUAGUGAUUUUGUUAGGAUGACAGGAUACAGUAUAGCAAGGGGGAUACAGGUGUUUAAGCCAUUAGUACUAUGGAUUGAUUGCUUAGUUGUAUAUAAAAAGAUAAUGUUUUCCUAUUUUCAUAGUGUUAGUCAGACACUGUAUCGUAGCCUUGUGGAACUUUUAGAAUACGAAGGUGAAGAUAUGGAAGACGUCUUCAUGCAGACUUUCAGAGUUGGUUACCAGGAUGUCUUUGGUACCAGUCUUACUCAUGACCUGAAAGCGGAUGGAGGAAACAUUUUUGUUAACCAGUCAAGCAAACAUGAAUUUGUAGAACUUUAUGCUGACUUCUUGUUGAACAAGAUGGUUGAGCGACAGUUUCGAGCGUUUAGGCGGGGCUUCAAAUGGUUUCAGAGACUCUCCCCUUUAAAUCUUUUUUGA